AUGCAGGCUCCGGUGGUGGUUAUGAACACCAACAGCGGUGAGAGGCAAACUGGCCGCAAGGCUCAGCUCUCUAACAUCGCUGCUGCUAAAACUGUUGCUGAUAUUAUUCGAUCAUGCCUCGGUCCCAAGGCCAUGCUCAAGAUGCUGCUCGACCCCAUGGGCGGUAUCGUCCUCACAAACGAUGGCCAUGCCAUCCUUCGAGAAAUCGAGGUCUCCCACCCUGCCGCCAAGAGUAUGAUUGAGCUCAGCCGGACGCAAGACGAGGAAGUUGGCGAUGGAACCACAACUGUCAUUAUUUUGGCUGGUGAGAUCCUCGCCCAAGCUCUUCCCCAGCUCGACCGCAACAUCCACCCUGUCGUCAUCAUUUCCGCCUUUAAACGAGCCCUCAAGGACGCCCUUGAGAUCAUUGAGGAGAUCUCCCUGCCGAUCGACGUUAACGACGACAAGGCCAUGAACCAGCUCAUCUCUUCUUCAAUCGGCACCAAGUUCGUUUCGCGAUGGAUGGACCAGAUGUGUGACCUUGCCCUCAAGGCUGUCCGCACUGUGACGUGGGAGGCCGGCAACGGCAAGACUGAGGUCGACAUCAAGCGAUAUGCCCGUGUGGAAAAGGUUCCCGGCGGCGAGAUUGAGGAUAGCAGAGUUCUCGAUGGUCUUAUGCUCAACAAGGAUAUCACACAUCCCAAGAUGCGCCGGCGCAUUGAGAACCCCCGAAUUGUCCUCCUCGACUGCCCCUUGGAGUACAAGAAGGGCGAGUCCCAAACCAACAUUGAGAUUACCAAGGAGGACGACUGGAACCGAAUUCUGCAGAUUGAGGAGGAGCAGGUCAAGGCUCUGUGCGAGGCUAUUGUCGCUGUCAAGCCUGACCUUGUCAUUACUGAGAAAGGAGUGUCUGAUCUUGCCCAACACUACUUCAUGAAGGCCAACAUCACAGCUCUCCGCCGAGUCCGAAAGACUGAUAACAACAGAAUAGCCCGCGCCACCGGUGCUACUAUUGUCAACCGAGUAGAGGACCUCCAGGAUUCCGAUGUCGGCACCCGAUGCGGCCUCUUCGAGAUUGAGAAGAUUGGCGACGAGUACUUCACAUUCCUUACCAAGUGCCAGGACCCCAAGGCCUGCACUGUCCUCCUCCGUGGUCCCUCCAAGGAUGUUCUCAACGAGAUUGAGCGAAACCUCCAGGAUGCCAUGGGUGUCGCACGAAACGUCAUGUUCUCCCCCAAGUUAUCGCCAGGCGGUGGUGCCACAGAAAUGGCCGUCUCCGUGAGGUUGGGUCAGCUCGCCAAAAGCAUCGAGGGUGUUCAGCAGUGGCCUUACAAGGCCGUGGCAGAUGCUCUCGAGGUUAUCCCCCGAACUCUGGUUCAAAACGCCGGCAAGAGCCCCGUCCGUGUGUUGACGGAUCUCCGAGCCAAGCAGGCUGAGGGCAAGAGCACUUACGGUGUCAACGGUGACACAGGCGCCGUUGCUGAUAUGAAGGAGUACGGAGUUUGGGAGCCUCAGGCCAUCAAGCUCCAGAGCAUCAAGACCGCCAUUGAGGCUGCUUGUCUAUUGCUCCGAGUCGACGAUAUCUGCAGUGCCAAGAAAGCAGCGCAGAUUGGCGGCGGCGGCGGCGGCGGCGAAGAGUAG